CAGGACCGGCCAGGACGAAUUCGACUGCUUCGCGCUGUGAUACACGAGUCCAGAGGGUGGGCGGGGAGAUGGCACGGCAGAAGAACGACUUUGUUCAGCAGUCGAGAGGCGCCCUUUUGAGAUCAGCGACAGGAUGCCAGACGUUGCGUAUUCGCCGAUCAGCGAAUGGAGAUCCGACAUCGUAUACUUUCGAUCAGAGUCUGUGCCGG